AUGGCAAAGAAGGUGGCCAUCAUCGGAGGGGGCAGCAGUGGGCUGUGCGCCAUCAAAACCUGCCUGCAAGAGGGGCUGGAGCCCGUCUGCUUCGAAAGGACUGGGGACAUCGGAGGGCUCUGGAGAUUUGAGGUAAACCCUGCCCACCAAACUUCCUGCUACCGCUCCGUCAUCAUCAACACCUCCAAGGAGAUGAUGUGCUUCAGCGACUUCCCCAUCCCCGAGGACUUCCCCAACUACAUGCACAACUCCAAGAUCAUGGAGUACUUCCGCAUGUACGCCCAGCACUUCGACCUGCUCCGCCACAUCCGUUUCAGGACCAGCGUGUGCCGCGUGUCCAAGCGCCCUGACUUUGCCACCACGGGGCAGUGGGAGGUGGUGACAGAGAGCGAGGGGAAGCAGGAGGCAGCCGUCUAUGAUGCUGUGCUGGUGUGCACCGGGCACCACACGGAGGCACACCUCCCACUGAGCACCUUCCCAGGAAUUGAGAAGUUCAAGGGCCGUUACCUCCACAGCCGAGACUACAAGGAUGCACGGGAUUUUGCGGACAAGAGGGUCGUUGUCAUCGGGAUAGGGAACUCAGGGUCAGACCUGGCUGUGGAGAUCAGCCAUACAGCCAAGCAGGUCUUCCUCAGCACCCGCCGUGGCGCAUGGAUCUUCAACCGCGUUGGAGAUCGGGGCUACCCGGCAGACAUGAUCUUCAGCACCCGCAUGAACACCUUCCUAAAGGACCUCCUGAGCUCAUCCAUGGUGAACAGCAUUGUGGAGAAGCAGCUGAAUGCCAGGUUCAACCACUCGCACUACGGCCUGAAGCCAAAGCACAGGAUCUUUGACCAGCAUCCAACCGUUAAUGAUGACCUGCCCAACCGCAUCAUUUCAGGCAGGGUGCAGGUGAAGCCAAACAUCCAGGAGUUCACAGAGACAUCUGCCAUCUUUGAGGAUGGCACCAAGGAAGACAUUGAUGCAGUGGUCUUUGCCACUGGAUACAGCUUCUCCUUCCCCUUCCUCGAGAGCUGUGUGAAGGUGGUGGAGAACCAGAUCUCCCUCUACAAAUUCAUGUUCCUCCCUGACCUGGAGAAGCCAACACUAGCCUUCAUCGGCCUCAUCCAGCCCCAUGGUCCUAUCAUGCCCAUCUCUGAGCUCCAGUGUCGCUGGGCCACCCGUGUGUUCAAGGGGCUCAACAAGCUGCCCCCACGGCCCGACAUGGAGGCUGACAUCAAGCAGAAGAAAGAAGCGAUGGCAAAGCGGUACGUGAAGAGCCAGCGGCACACCAUCCAGGUGGAUUACAUCCCCUACAUGGACGAGCUCGCCUGCCAGGUGGGGGUCAAGCCCAACGUGCUGGCCCUCUUCCUCACCGACCCCAGGCUGGCGCUGGAGGUGGCCUUCGGUCCCUGCACACCGUACCAGUUCCGCCUGCGGGGCCCGGGCGCGUGGGCAGGUGCCAGGGAGGCCAUCCUCACCCAGCAGCAGCGCGUGGUCAAGCCCCUACAGACACGGCAUGUGGAGGAGGAAGCUUCAGCCUCUGCUGUGCCCCUCUUCUUCAAGCUGGUCGGGAUUGUGGCCGUCUUCGCAGUUAUAUUUGCUUAUUUGUAG